AUGGCCAAACGCGGUGUGGAAGAAACAGAUGCGCUUUCCGGCGCUCUCAAGGCGGGAGAGCGGCCGAUGCCUGAUGCCCCGCCAAACGAGAUGGGCGAGUUUGAGGACGAAUUUGAGGACGAAUUCGAGAGUGAAGACGAGAUCUUCGAAGCUGGUGUGGACGGUCGUCCAGACGCGGAACGGGAAGAAGAAGAAAGGGAUGCGAUGGACGUGGACAAACAGACCUUCAUACCCGGUCGAACAAAGUUGGCACCCGGGGAAACGUUAUCGCCGGAUCCUUCUACAUAUGAUAUGCUCCAUACCUUGACUACGCCGUGGCCCUGUCUAUCGUUCGAUAUAGUCCGGGACAAUCUAGGUGACAACAGAAAGACUUAUCCCGCUACCGUAUAUGCAGUUGCUGGAACGCAGGCCGACAGACCGCGUUCGAAGGAAAACCAGCUUAUGGUGUUAAAACUGAGUGGGCUUAGCAGAAUGGAGAGGGAGCGAGGGGAGGAGUCAGACGCUGAAUCGGACUCGGAUGACGACUCUCCUUCGGAGCCUAUCCUCGAAUCCAAAUCGAUAGUUCUGAACUCUACGACGAAUCGUAUCCGCGCGCAUCAGACUCCGCAUUCGUCCAACGAUCCAACGAAGGCGCCUCAGACCCUAACGGCCUCCAUGCUCGAAAAUUCCCAAAUCCUUAUCCAUGACGUAUCACCAUACCUUGCUAGUUUCGACAACCCUGGUUUAGUCAUCCCUCCAUCCGCUUCGAAACCUUUAUCUACCCUGCGAGUGCAUAAAUCAGAGGGCUACGCCCUAGACUGGUCUCCCCUCUAUCCACUUGGAAAGCUUUUAACAGGGGAUAAUGAUGGUGCAAUAUACGUAACAACUCGCAGUGAAGGAGGUGGAUGGAUCACGGACACUCGACCUUUCACCGGCCACACUUCUUCUGUUGAAGAAAUUCAAUGGUCUCCGAAUGAAAGGAAUGUUUUUGCUUCUGCCAGCAGUGAUGGCAGUGUCAAAGUUUGGGAUGUUCGAUCGAAAUCUCGUAAGGCUGCCGUGGAUGUGAAGAUUUCAAACACAGACGUCAACGUCAUGAGUUGGUCGAAACAAACAUUCCAUCUUCUUGCAACGGGUGCCGACGACGGCCAAUGGGCAGUCUGGGAUCUCCGAAAUUGGAAGCCUGAUAACAAUAAACCUUCUCAGCUCCGACCACAAUCUGUUGCGUGCUUCAAUUUCCACCAAGAGCCCAUUACUAGUAUAGAAUGGCAUCCUACGGAUGACAGUGUUGUUGCUGUUGCUUCUGCAGAUAACACUCUCACUCUAUGGGAUCUUGCUGUCGAGUUAGAUGAUGAGGAAGUACGAGAUGCCGGUCUGGCCGAUGUACCGCCACAGCUGUUGUUUGUUCAUUACAUGGAAAUGGUGAAAGAGUUGCACUGGCAAGGACAGAUGCCAGGAACUCUCAUGGCUACUGGCAGUGAUGGAUUUGGGGUUUUCAAAACGAUUAGCGUGUAAUUGGGAAAAAGUGUGACCGUUAAAACCUAGAAGUUGGAGCCUUCUGUUUG